CGCCGUCCUACUUUGCACAUCGCCAGAAGCGGGGUACAUUUUGUGUUGGCGCAAGCUGAACAUGCGCCGUCCGGCCAUGGCCCCCAUCGCACGAUGGGCGUUGCAUCUCCUAUGCUCGGAAGUCCGCGAAGCUAGUCAGACGUCGCAGCAAACCCCGUUGAGUAGAUUUUUGGAGUCAGCUCCGUCUCGAAACAUCCACCAGAUGCAGGGGCAUUGCAAUGCAAAGCCUAGUUAAAGAGAGGGUUCUCGAGCUCUGGCUGGAGGCUCCGUGAGUUCACGAUACGUCAAACUGUCAUUCUCAGAGCUUCCCUCGCGCGCGCUGUAUAGGAUAGGAAUGUAAGGGCGCCACCGAAUUGGGCAACACUGAGAAUCUCGAAGGAUUAUGCUUCGGAGAUUCGUGUUCGGCGCAUGGAAGUCUGGGCAGUCUGAGAUGUGGCAUUAUCCGACAUUUGGAUGUUGUCCGGUGCUCCGUGACAGAAGAUGGCCGCUCAUGUUCCAGCACUCGAUUUACAAACCGCCUUGCGUACGAGCCACCAUGCCCUUCCGGGCAGAGUCGCUGAUAUAUCGAUCAAAGAGCAAUCCUUUGGGGGUGCCACAAAUGGGCGAAGGAGGGAGACAUCGAAGACAGGCGUACUUGAAAGAUAAUGGCGACUGGUGGCGGGAGCCAUGGGCAUCAAACACUCUGGAGACGGAAUCCGAGCUUGAACCAGAUUGCUGGAUAAAGAAAGUCAGACACCAGAGCCGCAGUGUUAUUUUUGCGCAACGGGCUCCAACCGAAGCUUGUCGUGCACGUCCUAGACAGCCUAGCUGGGACGGAAGAGGCAGUAGCGGGAAAUGGGAAGGCGACGGUUCCCUUGUUGGCGUUGCGGUGACUGGAGGUGGGGGCUUGAUCGUACGUACGCCCGUAAGGCGAUUCACCGUAAUGAGAAUGAUUCGACGGGCCAGUGGCUUAUAGCAAUUGGAAGGCGUCCGUAAUGGCCAACCCACAGUUACCCGGUUGCCGUGCCCGACUGAGUGCCUGUGGAAGAACUGUUGAAUUGACACCGAUGAGUCUUAGCCCAUAUCGCUCUCUCUAUCUCUCUAUCUCUCCUUUCCGUAACCACAUAUUUUUGGAACUGGUUUUCAACAGCAGCACUGCAUACAGCACUGCAGACAGCACAAUGGCGUAUAUGUAUAUCUGUACAGAACACCUCUGUAGGUAAGCGUCAGUGGUAUG